AUGGGUAUAUCUUUGGAUAAGGAAACAAAGGAUAUUGGGAUAAAAUAUAAAGAUGCAAUACAUACACUGGGAACAUAUCUACUUUAUAGAGCACAAAGAUUUUGGCUCCACCCCAAUCCAUUUUUUAACUUAAGCGCCGUUGGGAGAAGUCAGAAGAAAUUAUUGAACGAGAUUAGAUCUUUUCGUGACCAUGUUAUUAAACAAAGGCGGCAAAAUGGGACUUACAAGAAUUUGCAUAGAGACGUUAUGAACGAGAGAGAAAAUGACAUAACAGGUCAAAAGAAACGAUUGGCCAUGUUAGAUUUGUUACUAGAAAUAGAGGAGAAAGGAGAGAUAGAUAUAGAAGGAAUUAACGAGGAAGUCGACACGUUCAUGUUCGCGGGUCAUGAUACAAGCGCAUGUGCUCUUCAAUUCGCUUUUAUGUUGAUGGCAAACCAUCCAGAGGUACAGGAUAAGAUUCUCGAGGAGUGCCGUCAAAUCUUCGGCACAUCUGAUCGGAAGCCUACGAUGUCUGACUUAGCAGAUAUGAAGUAUUUAGAAUGUUGCAUCAAAGAAACGUUAAGGCUCUACCCGCCUGUGUUUUUCUUUAUGAGAUAUUGCAAAGAAGAUUUAAAACUGAAAAACUACGUGUGUCCUGUUGGAACAGACUUUGCUAUUUUUGUUUUCGAGUUGCAUCGGCGUAGUGACCAGUUCGUCGAACCUCUCAAGUUUCGACCGGAAAGGUUUCAAGAGGAACCCACUUGGCACCCAUUCGCUUACAUACCAUUCAGCGCAGGACCCCGGAACUGCAUAGGUCAAAAGUUUGCUAUGAUGGAAAUUAAGUUGGCGAUAUCUGCGGUUCUUCAACAAUACCGGUUGUUACCAGUUACUAAGCCGGAAGACAUCGACUUUAUCGCUGAUAUCAUAUUACGACCAAAGGAUCCCAUUUGCGUCAAAUUUGAAAAACAAUACAACGAAUUUAAUAUUGAGAUAUUAAUAUUGUGGCUAGUUCAACUAAAAUAUAAAAUGUUUUGGACUUUAUCGUUUUUGGUAGUGUUAUUGUUAAUGUUAUGCUAUUAUAUCGAAUAUUUGUUAAAAGAUGAAAAAUUUGAUAAGAUCCCAGGACCUAAAGGGCAAUUUCUUAUCGGAAAUGGAUACGAAUGUCUUAUGGAGUCUGCUCAAUUUUUCGCAUAUUUUCGCAAUUUAACCAGCAAAUAUAAGGAUAUCUGCAAAUUUAAAAUAUUUAAUGUAAAGUUUGUCCUUAUAUACAACCCAGAGGACAUCGAGACUAUACUGACGAAUACAAAAGACAAUGAUAAAGGAUUUAUUUACUACUUUCUUCGACCGUGGUUAAAAGAUGGGCUGCUCAUUAGUGACGGAGCGAAGUGGCAUCAACGGCGGAAAAUUCUGACUCCAGCAUUUCACUUUAACAUUCUCCGACACUUCAGCACCAUAUUGGUGGAGAACAGCGAGAGGUUUGUGGAAGAUCUUCGGUCAGAAACAGACAAGACGGGAACGGACAUUUACCCUCUCAUAGCUGGCAUGACAUUAAAUUCGAUAUGUGAAACAGCAAUGGGUACAUCUUUGGAUAAGGAGAAAAAAUAUAAAGAUUUCGGAACAAAAUAUAAAGAUGCAAUACAUACACUGGGAACGUAUAUACUUCAUAGAGGUCAACGGUUUUGGCUACAUCCAAUGACAUUGUUUAACUUAAGCGCCGUUGGGAGAAGUCAGAAGAAAUUAUUGAACGAGAUUAGUUCUUUUCGUGACCAUGUUAUUAAAAAAAGGCGACAAAAUGGGACUUACAAGAAUUUGUAUACAGACGUUAUGAACGAGAGUGAAAAUGACUUAAUAGGUCAAAAGAAACGAUUGGCCAUGUUAGAUCUGUUACUAGAAACAGAGGUGAAAGGAGAGAUAGAUAUCGAGGGAAUUAACGAGGAAGUCGACACGUUCAUGUUCGAGGGGCACGAUACAACCGCGACUGCAAUCCAAUAUGCGUUUAUGCUGAUAGCGAAUCACCCAGACGUUCAGGAUAAAAUUUUCGAGGAGUGCCGACAAAUCUUCGGCACAUCUGAUCGGAAGCCUACGAUGUCUGACUUAGCAGAUAUGAAAUAUUUAGAAUGUUGCAUCAAGGAAACAUUAAGACUCUACCCCUCGGUUUAUUUUAUUUCAAGAUUUUGCAAACAAGAAAUCAAAUUGACAAAUUACGAGUGCCCAGCUGGAUCAGACUGCUCAAUUCUAAUCUACGACUUGCAUCGGCGUAGUGAUCAGUUCGUCGAACCUCUCAAGUUUCGACCGGAAAGGUUUCAGGAGGAACCCACUUGGCACCCAUUCGCUUACAUACCUUUCAGCGCAGGACCCCGGAACUGCAUAGGUCAAAAAUUUGCUAUGAUGGAAAUGAAGUUGGCGAUAUCUGCGGUUCUUCAACAAUACCGGUUGUUACCAGUUACUAAGCCGGAAGACAUCGACUUUAUCGCUGAUAUCAUAUUACGACCAAAGGAACCCAUUUACGUCAAGUUUGAAAAUCGCUGAAACGAAUGUUGUAUUUUUAUUUUUUUAUUUUAUAAGUGAAAUAAAAUAAAAAUGUUAUCGCUGAAGAAAUAUCAGAUAUAUA